GUGUGUGUGUGUGUGAUGCCAUGGGGAGCGACGCGCUCAGCUGCUCACACAGCGCUUGUUGUAACAACAGCUGUUACUAAGGGGAGUUAAAUCCCUCCACACACACACACACACACACACACACACACACACUCAUAUGGUCAGGGGGAGGAUGAGAUUAAGAUACUCACAUCACCGAUCAGCUGUUCUCAGAUAAAGCGGGAUUUGUGUGUAUGGAGAUGUCAGGUCUUCGGCAGGACACGGGAUGGAGUGUGUCUCCGGUCUCGGAGCUGUCCAGCUGCAUGCAGAGCCUCCGGUGUCAGGACAGCUCGACCCCCAGGAGACGCCUCGAUCUGACGCCGGAGCUGAGCAGCUCAGACGAGGGGCAGCCCUCGGGACAGCACACACCAACAGUGAUGAUGAGGAGGACGAGGAGUUACAGAAAAGUGAAGUCUUCUGAACAGACCUCGAACACGCGUGGAUCACAGACCAACAGCCUGAGAGGAGGAACUGAGGAUGAUGAAGGUGCUGAAGAUGCUGAUAAGGAGAACACCGGCGUGCGUAAGAGCGUGAGAGUGAGACUGUUCAGCUCGUCCAGCCUUGAAGAUCCUGAAGAUCAGCUGCAGUCUGGGAGAAGAAGUAAGGGACCAUCCUGCUCUUCACCAGAAGAGGAGGAACCGGAUUCGCCCGAUUCAGUGUCACUGAUGCUGUUCCAGAGACUGAGAUCCAGGAGAGAUCCAGCACACACACUCACCCCCGACAGCACCGUCACUGAUCACCACCUCACUGGAGACUUUAGCCAACAUCCUGUGCUUCCUGUGGAGAAGGUGAACCAUCAGGAUCUUCACUGCGUUUCAGCUCAAACUGUGGCAUCUCUGAUCAGCGGUCAGUUCGGCGCAGUAGUGGAAGACUUCCUCAUCAUCGACUGCCGGUAUCCAUACGAGUAUCGAGGAGGUCACAUCAAGGGAGCAGUGAACCUGUACACCAAGUCUCAGAUCCUCAAGGCUUUCCUCCAGGGCUCGUCCAGCCCGCAGGUGUCUCCAGCUGGCCGUCGUGCCCCAGGAGGGGCGUCUGUGCUGGGCACACGGGGCAGCAGGGGGGAGACACCGGCGUCUGGAGGUCCUGCAGCAGGAGGAGAUAAUGAGGGGGCCUCAUCGCCCAGAAAACUCAUAGUGUUUCACUGCGAGUUUUCAUCAGAGAGAGGACCACGGCUUUGUCAGUAUCUGAGGGAGUUGGAUCGUACAGUGAAUGUUCAGACGUAUCCUCACCUCCUCUACCCCGAGCUCUACCUACUGCAGGGGGGAUACAAGCACUUCUACUUCUGCUGUCCGGAGCUGUGUGAGCCACAUGGUUAUGUCCCCAUGCGCCACAGCGACUUCAGAGAACAGCUUCGGCGUUUCAGCAGGAAGAGGCGCCAACAUCGUCGCAGACGUCCAAUCAGAUCGCAGCAGAGGACAUGACACUUUUAACACAGACUGAGAGCUGUCUAUAAAGAACUGGACAGAACCCAUAAGUGAACGCUGGAAAUGAUUGGGAAGGCAGUUAGAGCGAGGAGCUAUAUUGAUGAUAAAGUAUAAAUAUCAUGAUUUAUACAGUGAUACACGUUCCUAAGACAUCACAGGUACAGUUUGUGUUUUUAUAACAUCGACGAACUCCACUGGUGCUCACAGAAACAAUUAGCUGAUUACAUCUUAUUUAUACAAUGCCCCUUGUGUUUCCGUGUUAAAUCAUUGAUUUUUAUUUUACCAUCCUUAAAGGAAAGUAUUACUGGCGUAGUAUUUUUCCACAGAUCAUUUAGCAAAUCUACAUUUAGCAACACUUUGUUCAUCCUGAAAAUGUCUUCAUUGUGUGCUAUUAAAAGUAUUGUGUUAUUAUAUUUUCACCAUAUCACCUCCCUUACGCAUUCUAUUAACACUCACUUUGUUUAAUAAAUGAUCCUAUGUACUCAUUUAAUUAUCUUUUACAUUAUACACGCUUACUGAACAAACUGUUAAAGGAGCCGUCCGUAAUGUGUAGCGCCCUCUGCUGUGUGAGAGAUGAAGUGCUACCGCG